AUGUCCCAAAUUUUUUCGGCACCCAUUGUCAUCGAUGGCAAGGGACAUCUUCUAGGCCGCAUAGCUUCCAUCAUUGCGAAGCAAAUACUCUCUGGCCAGAAAAUCGUAGUCCUCCGCUGCGAGGAGAUCAAUAUCUCCGGCAGUUUCUUCCGCAAUAAGCUCCGCUACCAUAAUUUCCUCCACAAGCGCCACAUCGUAAACCCCAAGAAGUCCGGUCCUUUCCAUGAACGUGCUCCUUCUCGCAUCCUCUAUCGUGCCGUCCGUGGCAUGACCCCCCACAAGACCGCUCGUGGCGCUGCUGCGCUCAAACGUUUGCAACUCUACGAGGGUGUCCCACCCCCCUAUGACAAGAAAAAGAAGAUGGUUGUACCUGAAGCCCUCCGCGUACUGCGGCUGAAGCCUGGCCGGAAGUACUGCACUAUCAAGCGUCUUUCGCACGAGGUUGGAUGGGGGUACAAGGACGUGGUGGACAAGUUGGAGGAGAAGAGGAAGGUCAAGGCACAGGCCUUCUUUGAGCGCAAGGUAGGCCUUGCCGUACUCUCAAGAUGUGUUAUUUUAACAUAA